UACUGCGUCUCGUCGCCCCCAGCCGCGACACACCGAAUUGUUGCAUGACAAUAGGCGUUUGCUCCCUUGAAAAGGCAUAAUAUAUGGUUCUCUGGCCGUCUCACCGAAUCUUCAUUUCUGUAUCACUUUGUCCUUCGGCAGCAGCACCUGACACUCGCUUGCAUGGCUCCAGUCAGUUUGUCCUCUCCCAUAGCUAUGAUAACAAUGCCCCAGGCGGAUUUGUCCUCUGCCUCUAUUGUACAAGUAAAACCUUUGACUUGCAGCGUACGCCGCAUGUGGUCUUCGGUACUAUAAUGUUUCAGUACGAUAGCGCCACUUUGAACCAUGCUGGCAACAGUCCUAUAGUGAACCGUAUAAUAAUACUGUAGCUACCUCGACGUUAACGCAUGUUGCGCGCCAUGCAUCCUGUAACUUGGUCGCGCUUCCCGACGACGGCCUCCCCUUGCGGACCGCCUUGACCUUCGGAAAAGUCCAGGCGCUGAUAGUAAAUGUAAGGGCUUUGUUUGCCCCAAAACGGCUCGAUGUCUUGCAGCUGCCAGAACCGUUGCAACGGCCCUCGUACGACUCGGAAUCCCCGUUUACCCCACCAGCGAGGCACCACGAACACCAUGCUCACGGUGCCG